CCUUAUUGUAAAGUGAUACCUUUUUUAAACAGUUACACUACAUUACAUGUGUUUGAACAUGUAUGACUUAUACACCUUAACAAAACUGGAGAUUUGUGUGAAAGGAUGUUGAACAAAGACUUGGCCCGUCUAUGAAUAUUGUGGCCCCUUGAUGGCCCCUUACUCAGAAAAAUCCUAGAUCCGCCACUGGAUAUAUGGGAGGUUUUAUUAGAUGAGUCAUAAAACAGUGGAGCAUUUUGUACAACGUUGUGUCUUUCACAAUUCCUUCUAAAGCAGACAAAAUAAAGCAAUUUCUUCCAUUUAAAUUUGUUCAAAUUAAUCUGGUCCAGGUACUUAUUAUUACAUAUAUCUGACUCUUGUGACAAAAUUGACCAUUUACUAAAAAGACAAACUGUACAUCACAAAGCUUUUCCUAAAAAUCAGCGUGAAAAACGAUCUUCCUUCUUGCCUGAUUUUACAGCUGUGAGUCAGUAACAAGAGAUCCUGAGUCCGGGAACAGUGGUCUUUGCUCGUAUAAAAGGUAUUCAGGUACCUGUACCAGCAGGUCCUCAGCGUCAUGAGGGUUACACCUUUCCUACUGAAUAAAAACCAGCUCUGGGGGGAGAAACAAUACAGUUCAGCUCUAUCACAAAAAACUGUCUGACAUCUCCAAAGGACAACAGGGAUGUUAAAAUGUCCAAACUUUUGUUUUCAAAGAUUCGCUUUUAUGAGAUUAAAGAAUUGUUUCCGAAUAUAAAGCAGCCCAGAAGGGUUGAUAUUUUACAAAGUAGAAAAAAGCAAAAGAAAGACAUCUGGUCAUUUGUCAUUGGGCAAAAAAUAAAUAAUGGGACAUGUCCCUCAAACCAAAGCUGGCAGACUGAUCAUAAACGCCACAUGUCUCUGGACAAAUUACUGAAAGAUAAAAGGUAUCUAGAAGCAUUCCGCUCCUUCCUACAGUCAGAGUUCAGUGAGGAAAACAUCGAGUUCUGGCUUGCAUGUGAAGACUUUAAGUCAACAGGCUCAUCAGAGGACCUCAGCUGGAAAGCAAAGAAGAUCUAUGAGGAGUUUAUCAGCUCUGCGGCCUGUAGAGAGAUCAACGUCGACCACCAAACUAAAGAGAAGAUCCAGAACUCUUUGGAGAAACCCAGUCGUUCCUGCUUUGACGAGGCCCAGAAACAGGUUUACCUGUUGAUGCUCAGAGACUCGUGUCCCAGAUUCCUGAACUCAGAUGCCUACCUGACUCUUAAGCACAAAUCCAGGUCCAUAUGGUACAUUUAGUUUCUGCUCAGGGGGAAAAACUCCAUGUCAUCAUUUCAUGGUAGAACCACUGGUACUUAGCGCACAUUUAAACUGAUAAGUGUUUUCAGCCAAUAUGGACUCUUUGAUAGGACGACGAUGUGGUAAUGAUGUCAUAAAAAGGAGUGUAAAGAGAAAGUGAAUGCAUGUGAGUGAAGUGUGUUUUUAUGUAAAAGAAAGAUAACUGUAUGUGGUAUUUUUUAAGAUUUGUUCAGGACUGCUUGGAUUUUUGAUGUACUCAAAUGUAAGAAAAGUUGGGUCUUGAUUUCAGACAGUAAUAAACAGAUAGGUCAUUCCA